UGACGCCGGUAGUGACGCGAAAAUGGCGUCCUCCGCUACCCGGCUGACUACACGCUGGCUAGCGGCGACGGUUUCUUCUGGACACCGUAGCGGUCGUUUUCUCGUUGUCCCCGCCAGACAUGCAGGAGUUUGUUCGGCGACGAUAUCGCAGGCGCACCGGGGUGGGGGAGCGGUCAGCCUGAGCUCCCGGACACGCGGAAAUGCCGUGACAUUGAGAGGACUGACAGUGGUGAGACUUCCCCAUGUCACUACCGGCCACUCUUUCCACACCAGCAGCAAGUUGGCAAACAAGCAGGACUUCUAUGAAGUCUUGGGUGUCUCCCGCACUGCCUCACAAAAGGACAUCAAAAAGGCUUACUACCAGUUGGCAAAGAAAUACCACCCGGAUACCAACCCAGAUGACCCAGAGGCCAAAGAGAAGUUCGCCAAACUGGCCGAAGCCUAUGAGAUACUGAGUGAUGACGUGAAGAGGAAGCAGUAUGACACAUACGGAGCAGCAGGCUUCGACCCCAGUCGAGCUGGGGCAGGCCAGCAGCAGUACUACAGAGCCGGUGGGACCAGUAUAGACCCAGAGGAGCUCUUCAGGAAGAUCUUUGGAGAGUUUACCGGAGGAAUGGGCUUCGGAGAUAUCCACAGCAUGUUUGAACAAAGGCCCGAGUUUGUGAUGGAGCUUACGUUUGCAGAGGCAGCGAAGGGCGCGAACAAGGAACUUAGUGUGAACCUCGAUGAUGCCUGCCCAAGGUGUGAUGGAAAGGGCAGUGAGCCAGGCACCAAGGUGUCACAUUGUCACUACUGCAACGGCACUGGCAUGGAGUCGAUCAACACAGGUCCGUUCAUGAUGCGCACCACCUGUCGACGCUGCGGCGGGAAGGGAUCCAUUAUAACCACGCCCUGUGCUCUGUGCCGGGGUUCAGGCCAGACCAAGAAGAGGCAGGCGGUCACUGUGCCCGUACCUGCUGGUGUGGAAGAUGGUCAGACAGUGCGCAUGUCAGUAGGGACAAGAGAAAUCCUCAUUACAUUCAGGGUCCAGAGGAGCCCAGUGUUCAGACGCAAUGGAGCAGACAUCCACUCAGACACGCCGAUUUCUGUAGCUCAAGCCAUCCUGGGGGGCUCCACCACGGCACAGGGCCUCUACCAAACCAUCAAUAUAGUGAUUCCCCCCAGUUGCCCGGCUGAUCAGGUGAUCCGGCUGCAGGGGAAAGGCAUUCGGAGGAUGAACAGCUACAGCUACGGAGAUCAUUAUGUUCACAUCAAGAUCAGAAUGCCCAAGAAGCUGACUCGAAGGCAGCGCUCUCUGUUGCUCAGCUAUGCUGAGGAGGAGACGGACGUGCAGGGAACCGUCAAUGGUGUCAGUCCCUCUGCAGGAGGGGGCAGCAGCACUUCGGGAUCUGGUGCGAAGACGACCAGCUCAGAGGAGGGACAGGAAAAGCAGCAGGAGCAAAAGGAGGAGGGAGGCUUCCUCUCUAAACUAAAGAAAAUGUUUAGCUGACACUCAAGCUGCAGGUAAAAAAGCAACAUGGUGAAGGAAGACAAGAAAUCCACUGACUGGACCUCCAUGCUGUCUCCUCUUGCUUUGGGGAUUGAGCAAGGAGGAGGAAGAGAAUGGAAUAACGAUAUUCGUGUUGACACAGUCACACAUCGUUGAAGUUGGUAAACAGGCCACGUAGACGCCAGGUCCACCCUCACAACCCACUGGCCCCUCACCACAGACAGGUGCCCGGCUGAGAAACUCAAGAACUGCUGGGAGACGAACAAGAUGGCGACUACAGAUCACUAGUGUGGUGUAACUCCCCUCCCUGCGUACUGCGUUUGAAACUUUUACUGCUCCUUUAGUCAUCAGUCAGAUGCUUUACAGUCACACUGAUGAGCCAUUAAAGUGAUGACCAAAGAUCACACUCAGUCAAAACAGUGAUUCAGGCAGUUGAAAAUGGAUUGUAACUGGAUGAGAGGCACUGAAUUCUAUGGGUUUUAGGAAGUAAAUUAUAACGUGACAGUUUUCUUAUUUUUUAUCUGUAACACUUCUUAUGGGUCCCACAGUGUCCUAAUCAUCAUCAAGAACUGUUAUGUAACUGUAAGACCCUGUUUACACCGGGCAUUAACCGGUGUCUUGGGUGAUCGGGUCAGAGGUGGUCAGCGCUGUUGAACGAUGUAACAGGAAAAAUGCGUCACAUCAAUGCGGGACACGGGGGGUUGAUUUGGUGAUGUGUCUUGCCUCUCUACUUGUAAUUGGAUCACCCAAGACGCACGUUAACGCCAGGUGUAAACAGGCUAUAUGUUCUUCGGCAAGUUCCUGAAAAGGACUUUGUAAUUUGGUACUAAUUAUCAAUUUGGUUCAAACGUGGGCAGUGUUCAGUUGAUACCCUUUCAGUUAAAAACGAUAAUUUUCUAGUGUACCCUUGACAGUGAGCAUGCAGCAAUGUGAAAUUUGUCUACAGUACAACAUACAAUUCAACAAAUGUAGAGGAUAUAGUCGCCAGUCCAAUCAAUGAAUAUUUACAUGGGUUUAAAUGGAUCUCUGAAAGUUUUUCCAGUCAUUGAGAUUUUCGUGGUUCUUUGAAAGGAAUGUGUCUGUAAAUCAACAACUGUUGAUGAACUCAACUCACUGUAUUUCUGUUGUUUUCUAUGUACAUUUCGAUAUUUUAUAAUUUACUGGCACUUUCUUAAAAUCUUCAUAAAAUAAUGGGGAGUUACAGCGUAUUGUCUAAGAAGAUUGUCUCUAUAUUCUUUGUCAUUAGUACCAAAUUUCAUGAUUCUUUCUAGGAAUCCCGAUUCUUAUUCCGUAAAAUAAUGUGUUACCUACCCCCCCAUUUCAAGCUUUACUGGCUGUUAAACACAUUCCAGUACUGUUAAAUAUACUGGGAUAUUUCAUUGUUUUAACAAGGAAUGAAGACAGGUGGAAAACGGGAACCCUGAUCUUCGAUAUUUGUUACUGUCAAAAGCAGACUUAGUUGUUCUCAUUAUGGUUUGUUGCAUCUGUGCGUGGCAACAAAACUGUGCAGAAACCCUAUUUAAAUAAAUGCUUAAAUAUUAAAAGUUAUUUUUUUCGGC